GGUCUUCCCCUCAGAGAGCUAGCCUCGGCGCUAGCUGGACCGAACUCGUCGCCCAGCCAAGACAAGGUCGGUCCCAGAUUAUCCAUCGAAGCUCAGCUACGACUGUACAACCCAGGAGUAGCCCUCCUUCGGUCUAAAAGGUGCCAGUGCCUUUUUUCAUAUGCAAUCGCAUUACACACAGGCACUCAUCUAUCACGUGUUUUGAGAUCUCUCAAAUCUGCGAGCCGGUAUAGAGCGGGUGGGUAUGUAUCGAAACGACACAAUACCCCGACGAUUAGAGACGCUACACUGCCUAUAUAGGAUAUGGAUGUGGAUCCGUAACUCCUCACGAGGGGAACUCCCAGAUCUCCAUAUCAAUCAUGCUUCAUCAUUAACAACUUUUAAAGCAGUUUAGUGAAUUAAUCAUACUUAUCAGCUAGAAGCCAAGCCGAAGCUUUCAUCUAAAAAGGUGUCGAUGUAUCAACUAGUUAUUUGAACAAAAUAGGAUCGCCAUCUACACAUUCAUAAUAAUUGGUUACCCUACCCAUCGCUGCAAGACUACGAGUUACCUAGCCAUAUUAAAAAAAUACAUCAACCACUCCCUAUUCUACUCAAGAUGCCGUCAGAAAUCCACGGCAUCAAAUCUAGCGAUGUCCACGCCAAAAUCCAGCUCCUCAUCGAUGGGCUUGUGAACAUCAAAGAUAAAACGGGGGAAUUCCUGAUGACGCUCGCCGACGGCCGCGUAAUCGAUACCAAGGGGUGGAACGACUGGGAAUGGACUCACGGGAUCGGCCUUAACGGAAUCUGGGCCUACUACUCGCUGACUGGAGACGAGAAAUAUCUUAAGAUCAUCGAGGACUGGUUCGCGAACCGAUUCGCUGCUGGCGGCACGACUAAGAAUAUUAACACAAUGGCCGUAUUCUUAACACUAGCUUACGUAUAUGAAAAGACGGGUAAUCAAACCUAUCUUCCCUGGCUAGACAGCUGGGCGGAGUGGGCAUACCACGACCUUGAAAGGACCAAAUACGGCGGCAUGCAACAUAUCACAUAUUUGGAGGUUAACGACCAACAGCUAUGGGACGACACGCUUAUGAUGACUGUUAUGCCCCUAGCCAAGAUCGGGAAACUGCUGAACAGACCUCACUACGUCGAUGAGGCGAAGAGGCAAUUCCUGAUCCACAUCAAGUACCUGUUCGAUACUAAGUCGGGAUUAUUCUUCCACGGCUGGACGUUUCACGAGGGAGGACACAACUUUGCCAACGCCCUAUGGGCAAGGGGAAACGCGUGGCUGACAAUCGUGAUUCCCGAAUUCUUAGAGCUGCUGGACCUACCUACCAACGACCCGAUCAGGACCCAUCUUUUGGAUACACUGAAUGCGCAGUGCGAAGCUCUCAAGCCGCUCCAAACGGCCUCGGGUCUAUGGCGGACGCUUUUGGAUCAGCCAGAAGAAGAAGGCUCUUACGUGGAAUCAAGCGCGACGGCGGGGUUCGCCUUCGGGAUCAUGAAGGCGCAGAGGAAGAAGUACAUCGGGAAGGAGCACGAAGCCGUAGCCCUUAAGGCAAUACAGGCGGUUCUAAAUAACAUCGACGCAGACGGGGAACUCCUGAACACGUCCUUCGGCACAGGGAUGGGCCAUACGUUACAGCACUAUAAGGACAUUGCGAUCACAAGUAUGCCUUACGGACAGGCUAUGGCUAUCAUAGCCUUAGUGGAGUUCCUAAGGGCGUUCAUAUAGGUGGAUAGGUAGCUACAUACUAGGUAGGUAGUCAAAUGAUAUUGAAUUAAUCUUGUAAAAAU